AUGGCUCAAACUACGUCGUCCUCUUCGCCAUCGGCGCCGGGUGAACGCUGCGCCAGUGCUCGCGAAUCUUCCGCCGCACCUACACCACAGGAGCCACUGUGCGGAGACAACACGACAACUGCGCCUCCUGCGUCUCGUUCGUUCCCCGACGACGAACAAUCUCCCGCCACACUGCCCGCACCAUCAACUACACAACUGGUGAGCCCGCUAGUCCUCAGCAACGACCACCUUGCAUCCACGCCCGAGCAUACCAAAGAGUCGGCAUGCACUCCACCACCACCCGUGUUAUACUGCGUCCCCAGUCCAAGCCGUGGAGAUGACUCAGCAGCGAGCCAUGCCUUGACGGCUGACGAGGUCGACGCAUAUCAGUGCGCCUGUUCCGCACGAAAUCCUGCGACAACACUGCGAUGA